CCAACAUAGAGUAAACAUCUAAAAAUGGGAAACAAAAAGGAAAAGAUUAAGGACUGGAUCACGGCGGAACGUGUGGCUAUAUUCUUUGGCCUGCUGUCCACCUGUCUGAUUGUUGCUCUCGUAAUUGUGGUUGUCCACAGGGAUAAUUUGUGGAUAGAGUUGGACGAGGCCAAGCGGAAGUUGGAUGUGCUUGAGGACUACAUUCAAAGUUAUAUGCGAGUUAACAUGUCUUACAGAUAGUUAAAAGUAAAGGAAAUUUAAUAAACAUCCCUUGCAUAAUACA